AUGCCGUCCUUUAAACUCCUAGGAUUUCUUGAUGUUAAAAGUGUUCCAUGUGCACGAGAAUCAGUGCUCUAUGGCUCCCUGGGAUCUUUAGUUGUGGGUCUUGGACAUUUUGUAGCAACUAGUAGAGUUAGAAGAUCUUGUGACUUUGCAGUCGGUGGCUUUAUUUGCACAAUGUUAGGAUACUGGUUUUACUGCAGGUACAAUUUGGCCCAACACAGGAUCCGGCAAAGAAUGCUUAAAGAAGGAAUGAGAAACAAAAUUUUAUUUGAAGGCAGUUCUCUUGAUCCAGAAAGAAAACAAACUGGCAAUGAAAGAAGUGAUUCAUAGUCCGCUAUGGAGGAAUCCGUGGUCUAAUACAGCUUUGGGAGAAGGUGGUCCAAAAAUGGCAGUCUUCCCUGUAAAUGUGUGAGGUGCCUAAAACUGAUAAAUCAUGCUGGUUUUCCUAGCAAAUCCGAGCAAGAAAUUCAUAGCGAAUCUGUUAAGUCAGUAUACAAGCCUUUCUUUGUUUCGUAUAGGUAUGUCUGUAUAUGCCUAUGUACACAGUUAGGAAUGACCUCCUGUUAAACAUCUGGGAGCUGCUGUGUUCUGUUACAGGGUCUCAGAGGAUUAAUGACAGUGUUUUGGGACUGCUUUAACUUCCAUUAUAAACAGAAUGGUUUGUUUUAGCAAAGUUGUAAUUGCACCUCAUUUAAAUACAGGAAAAUAUUUUCAUCGGCUGUUCUCCGAGUAAAUGCAUCCUUCGGUGCUGCUGUUAAUCGUGCUGUUUGUAAAACAGGAAUAUUUAAACAGUAGGUGAAGGCUUUGCUUGUGUCAGGUGGGUGAUACCAGUAGCCUUUGUGAGAUUUCAGCUGCAGCAUAACUUCAGAUAACUUAUAUACACUGUGAAGUUGAAGGAUUUCCAUUUUUGUUCUGUCUGUGCGAAACUAAGAAUAAAAUCACACUUCAGAAGCAGUCUAAGCU